CAUCCACUGCGGUUUGCUAUUUCUAAGUAGAAGGUAGGACUGGUUGUACUUUCGGUUUCAUUUUUGCAAGUGUGCAUACGUGUCAAUAUCCAGUUGAACAGACGUUUACAACAAUGGCAGACAGUGGCGACAACUGGAACCCUACUGGCAAGAGUCCCCCCAACUGUUGGUUACCUCCCAUUAAUGACGACUCCGUUUGGUGUGGCGUGGAAGACAAAGAGUUGAAGAAAUUCUACGAUGAAAACGUCAACAUAAGGGGCGUAUCAUUCCAAGAGGUGCAAGUCAAAAUUGAUCAGUUGUUAAAGAGUUUAUACGAGGAGCUCAAGCAUGCUGAGUCGACGCAUCCUUUUCUGAGGCUAAAACCAUUUCUGAAACAAGGAGGGUCAAGGGAAGGCUUGAAAGUCGGGGCGGCCAAUGAAUUUGACGCAUUACUGCCUUUCACUUUCGUCGGCAUCACUUCCGAUAUCAAAGAGGCUCCCAAAAAUGAUCUUCCUCCAGGAUUGGCGGAAAUAUGCAUCACAAAAAUCAGUAACAAAGUAGCAAUCCGACCGGCUGAGUUGUUUGUAGAGAGGGACGGUAAAAAAUUCGUCAGCUCUCAGGUAUUCCACGAUAAACUUUUCAAGAGUUUGAUUGAUACUGCGGUACAGAAAUUCAAUCAAGACCCAUCCCUGAAGUCCUACUCGAUAAGGAGACAGGCCAGUGCACCCGCCAUCAAACUAGACGUCAUGAUAAAUGGGCAGAUGGUUAGCAUUGACGUUGUCCCAGGCUUUGAGAUCCCCGCCUCUUCUCCAUCAUUAAGGAAGUUUGUGGUGACACGGUGGAUUCCAAGCUCCAAGAACGUCACUCGGGCUGUCCGUAUUCCAAACCCUGCAACGGUUUGGCGUGUGUCACACUCUCAUUUCGAAAUGAACAUUUUCGAUAAAUGGGGCGUUGAAAAUAUCACUGGUAAGCGUCUUGUCCGAGCUGCGCGAAUCCUGAAAGGUCUUCGAGUGAAGGACAAAGAGCGAAAUUCCAGCUCUCAGUUGCACUUUGUUCUUACCUCGUACCACAUCAAGAACAUCCUGCUGCACAGCUUGUUGUGUCUGACCAAGGUCAAGUCAGUGUCUUUAUCGAGUGUCACAGAGGCUCUGGGUUAUUUGAUCUUCAUGCUGAAGAGCGCUUUAGACAGGAACAAACUACCACAAUUCUUCUCCUUCAAUCCAUCACUGGGUGCAUAUUUUCCUCAAUACAAAUUUCACGAAAGGAGCACGCCCUUGGUUAAUCUGUUUGAAGAGCGUUCGGAGGGGGAAAUCCAACAGAUGCGUGCAGAUCUGACAAAGGCAUUGAAUCACUUCAAUCUUCAGAAGCUUCUUGAUAGAACCCCAGGCGUGGACACUAACGCUAUCCGACCUUUCCUGGCUACUCUUGAAGCCUGGAUCCUGAAGCACAACGGACUUCAUUCGUUGGAAGUACCUAAUAGUGGCCACAGUCCUAGUUAUGGACGGGACCGCAAUGCCCUCUGUGACCUCAAGGUCGAAGGUCAAUAUAAUUUUAAAAGAGACGACUACUGGAACCCUACUGGCACGAGUCCCCCCAAUUGUUGGUUACCUCCCUCCAAUGACGACUCUGUUUGGUAUGGCAUGGAGGACAGAAAGUUGAAGAUAUUUUAUGAUGAAAACGUUCACAUAAGGGGUGUAUCAUUCCAAGAGGUGCAAGUCAAAAUUGAUCAGUUGCUAAGGAGUUUAUACGAGGAGCUCAAGCGUGCUGAGUCGACGUAUCCUUUUCUGAGUCUAAAACCAUUUCUGAAACAAGGAGGGUCAAGGGAAGGCUUGAAAGUCGGGGCGGCCAAUGAAUUUGACGCAUUACUGCCUUUCACCUUCGUCGGCAUCACUUCCGAGAUCAUAGCGGCUCCCGAGAAUGAUCUUCCUCCAGGAUUGGCGGAAAUAUGCAUCACAAAAAUCAGUAAAAACGUGGCCAUUCGACCCGCCAAUUUGUUUGUGGAAAGAUAUGGUAAAACAAUUGUUAGCUCUCAAGUAUUCCACGACAAACUUUUCAAGAGUUUGAUUGAUACUGUGGUACAGAAAUUCAAUCAAGACCCAUCCCUGAAGUCAUACUCGAUAAGGAGGCAGGCCAGUGCACCCGCCAUUAAGCUAGACGUCAUGCUAAAUGGGCAGAUGGUUAGCAUCGACGUUGUCCCAGGCUUUGAGAUCCCCGCCUUUUCUCCAUCAUUAAGAAAGUUUGUGGUGACACGGUGGAUUCCAAGCUCCAAGAACGUCACUCGGGCUGUCCGUAUUCCAGACCCUGCAACGGUUUGGCGGGUGUCACACUCUCAUUUCGAAAUGAACAUUUUCGAUAAGUGGGGCGUUGAAAAUAUCACCGGUAAACGCCUUGUCCGAGCUGCGCGAAUCCUGAAAGGUCUUCGAGUCAAGGACAAAGAGCGAAAUUGCAGCUCUCAGUUGCACUUUGUUCUUACCUCGUACCACAUCAAGAACAUCCUGCUGUACAGCUUGUUGUGUCUGACCAAGGUCAAGUCAGUGUCUUUAUCGAGUGUCACAGAGGCUCUGGGCUACUUGAUCUUCAUGCUGAAGAGCGCUUUAGACAGGAACAAACUACCACAAUUCUUCUCCUUCAAUCCAUCACUGAGUGCAUAUUUUCCGCAAUACCGAUUUCACGAAAGUAGCACGCCCUUGGUUAAUCUGUUUGAAGAGCGUUCGGAGGGGGAAAUCCAACAGAUGCGUGCAGAUCUGAUGAAGGCUCUUAAUCACUUCAAUAUUCAGAACCUUCUUGAUAGAGCCCCAGGCGUGAACACUAGCGCUAUCCGACCUUUCCUGGAUAUUGUUGAAGCCUGAACAUAUGACAUUAUUAUUAAUUAGCUUAAAGUGUUCAGAAACGCACGUUCUACAUGCCGUAUUUAACGCUGGGUUUUUGCAAUGUUAUCAUUUUCUUUAGAAAUCCUCUUCAUGUAGUACCUAAAUAUGCAGAAUUUUCAGUCAGUAUCGUAUCAGAAAGUUUGAAGCCGGGUAAAACGCUUUGAAAAAUUAAAGGUGGACAUUACGUUUCCCUUUGUGGAAUCCAUUGUAACGAAUUUGACUAGUACAAAUAUUUAUUGCACAAUAUGUUUAUACCAUAAUGUCGUGUUAUACGAUUUGUCCAUCAGAGAAGAUGUGUAUGUUAGGAUGAAGCCUGUUCCUUGGUACACAGGCAAAAUGUCUUUUUCAAUUUGACAUUGAAAAAUCUUGACCUAAAAUUGACCUGGAAUGGACGUCAAUUUCACACGAAGAAAUUUUCAGGUCAAUUUCAGGUCCAUUUCAGAUCAAAAUCAUGUCAUUUUCUUGACAUGAAUGGACUAAUCUGCUUUUUGACCCGAAAAUAUUGACCUGAAUUUGACCUGAAUUUGACCUGAAAUGACAUGAAGUCAUUUUGCCUGUGUUUAGCUUGGCCGUUUUAAAAUUUAUUGAUAACUAAAAAUUGUUCUGAUUUAUGUUAUGGUUGUUGUUAGGUAGUCUGGCAUUGGAUUAAUUAGGUUGUUUGCUUUGUGUACUAUUAAUGGCUUUGAUCUUUUGCUUUGUGGAACAUUAAUGAAUUUAGGUCUUUUGCUUUGUGAAAUAUUAAUGGAUUAGGUCUUCUGCUUUGUGGAAUAUUAAUGAAUUAGGCUUUUUGCUCUGUGGAACAUAAAUGAAUUGGGUCUUUUGCUUUGUGGAAUAGUAAUGAAUUAGGUCUUCUGCUUUGAAGGAUAUUAGAUAAUUAGGUCUUCUGCUUUGUGGAAUAUUAAUGAAUUAGGCUUUUUGUUCUGUGGAACAUAAAUGUAUUGGGUCUUUUGCUUUGUGGAAUAGUAAUGGAUUGGGUCUUCUGCCUUGAAGAAUGUUAAUUAAUUACUUUACUCUCGUGGUCAAUGUUAUCUGCUUUUUGGAACGAAUAAAGUUUUUAACCAGGU